AUGCCUGUGAUGUGUCGGCACAUGCCAUCCACCGACCGUCGGCGCUCGGGUAAGGGGGUGCGGGUCUUACAGCCCGCGAGAACAAUCUCUGGCCUACACCCCCGAAUACCUGGGACAAUCAAAGACACGCUGGAGGAGGCACCAGAUGUAGAUGCCUUGCCUUUCGACUCCACAGAAUGGUGUGAAGAACAUGAGGAGUACCUGUCCAUGUUCUGUCUGGAUGACUUGGAGCCCCUGUGUGAGCAGUGUGCUGCUGACAGCCAUGCAGGGCACAAGGUUUACCUUUUAACUGAGGCAGCAGUUGACUGUAAGGAGGAGCUCAAAAACUUUCUGAGUGGAUUGAACAUGAAGAUGGAACGCUUCAAGCAGGUCAGACAGGCCUGUCAACUUACUUCCAAGUACAACCAGGCUGAGGCCCAACUGACGGAGGAGCUGAUGAUGAAAGAAUUCGAGAAACUUUGCAAGUUUUUGAGAGAGGAGGAAGCGUCCAGGCUGCUUGCUCUGAGGGAGGAAAAAGAACAGAAGAUGAGCAAAGCUGAGGAGAGGAUUGGCAGAGUGAAUCAGAUGAUAACAUCUCUGGAAGGGAAGAUCCAACUCGUUGAAGGGGAGCUCGAUGCGGACGGAGAUGGAGCUGACUUCUUACAGCUCUACCAAGAUACAAUGAGCAGCGCAUGGAUUAGUCAAAUGGAGCCAGGAGAGCGUCCCAGACCUCUAAUUGACGUGGCGAAACACUUGGGUAACCUCAAUUAUGCCGUGUGGGAGAAGAUGAAACGCAUCUCACCCUACACUCCAGUCGUCCUGGAUCCUAGGACAGCUGGCCAGUCUGUGAGGUUGUCUCCUGGGCUUAACAGUGUCCGGAUCGCGUCCAGACCCUCUCAGGGGUCAGAACAGGAAAUGGGUGGGGCUUUGUCUCUCCCUGACAACCCUGAACGAUUCCAUCAUCGUUCCUGUAUUUUGGGAAGGGAAGGCUUUAACUCAGGAGUACACUGUUGGGAAAUCAAGGUUGGGGACAUUGACAACUGGACACUCGGUGUGGCUGCUCAGUCGUUGUCCAGAGGAGCAGAAAUUGAGGCGUGUCCAGAGGCAGGACUCUGGUGUAUCAGCCUGAGAGACGGAGAGUACCGAGCCCUCACAACUCCCUCUCAGAUCCUUAACUUUGACAGCUCGGACCAUCUCAGCAGGGUUCAGGUGAAGCUGGACUGUGAUGAAGGUACACUGGAGUUCAUAAAUGCCGACAUUGGCGCGCUUCUUUUUAGGUUCCGGCAUUGCUUUGCAGAGAUGACGUACCCGUACUUUGAGAGUGUCUCUGUGGGGGGUAAUCUUGCUGUGUUGGAGCAAAGAGUGGACAUCAGCAUGGGGUCAGAACAAACUGUUAUACUUGGAAAGGAUCAGGAAAUGAAAGCCCAAUCUCCCACAGAGAAAGGUACCAUUACUGACUCACAAAGCAAUGGAAAAGCAGGCAUUGAACAUUUGAUUGAAGAAAGGAAAGAAAAAGCUGUUUGUUCUGUGAUAAACAAGAAUGAGGCACAAUUCCCCGAAAAGGACAACAACACAGCCGCCGUGAAAAAAAAGACUAGAAAGGCCAAGUUCAAUGUGACCUACCACGUUUCAUUAAACAGGGCGCUGAAUAACAUCAACAAUGAGUCCGGAAGCCACAAAUGA